GACUUCACACAUUCCUCAGGUCAACCCCAGAGUCUCCGGUCAACUCUUGAUCAUCUCCAUCCCACACCUCCUCGUUUUCUUCUUUGCCCGCUUCACCGGCAUUGCCAGCGUCGGCCAUUCGAUCUUGCUCUCCCCUGACAGAAACCCAACACCCCCUCCCUCAUCAAUCUCUCGCAGAAAGGAAAGAACAAACCUUUCUUAGAGAGAGAGAGAGAGAGAGAGAGAGAUGGGGUGCGCCGUGGUGCUUGCGUGCCUCUCCUUCCUCCUCCUCUGCGCGCUCCUGCCGGCGACGGACGCCCUCGGCUUCACCUGCACCGCCCAGCCCGAGGCCACGUGCCAGGCCCUGGUUGGCUACAUAUCCCCCAACACCACCACCCUCAAGUCCAUCCAGUCCCUCUUCGGCGUCAAGCACCUCCGCUCCCUCCUCGCCGCCAACAACCUCAGCCCCACCACCCUUCCCACCGCCACCGUCCAGGCCACAGACACCGUCAUCAUCCCCUUCACUUGCAGGUGCUCGAACGGGUCGGGAAUAUCGGACCGGAGCCCCGUGUACACGGUCCAGAAGGACGAUGGGCUCUACUACAUCGCGGCCGCGGUGUUCUCGUACCUGGUGGUGUACCAGGACAUCCAGCUGGUGAACCGCAUCGAGAACGCCAGCCUCAUCUACAUCGGGCAGGAGCUGUGGAUCCCGCUGCCGUGCAGCUGCGACCAAGUGGACGGGGAGAAGACGGUGCACUACGCCCACGUGGUGGCGGAGGGAAGCACCGUGGAGGAGAUCGCCACGGAGUUCGGCGUACUGGAGCAGACCCUGCUGGACCUGAACGGUUUGGCCAGCCCCAACGCUCUCAUGGCCUACCAGGCUUUCGACGUUCCGCUUAAAGCUUGUACGUCCAAGAUCCGAAACGACUCGCUGGACGCCUCGUUGCUCGUGCCCGGCGGCACCUACGCCCUCACGGCCAACAACUGCGUGAAGUGCAGCUGCAAUUCCGCGUAUAACUGGACAUUACAAUGCCACCCCUUGGAGAUUGCGUUGUCGAGCGAUUCGUCGUGCCCGCCGAUGCAGUGCUCGGAUGCCCUGUCCAUUGGCAACACGACCACAACGUCUUGCAACAGCACGGCGUGUUCUUAUGCCGGUUACACGAGCCAGAACGCUAUCCUCACGGACCUCGAAACGAAAUCCACAUGUCCCGCUCCCCCGCCCAGUCCCGGUCUCAGUCCCAACGGCAACGGCAAUAACCAUGCGGCGAAGACAGAUAUAGGAAUGUUCGGUUGGAACUUCCUCGUGACGGCGAUGUCGAUACUGCUUUCCGUGCAACGUAUCUAGAGACAUUCUUUGUGCACGCUCCUUAUACAUGUAUACCGAUAGAGCCUCAGUCAUUCUCAGGACAGUACAUCUCAGACCAUAUUGUUCCGCAUUUGUAAGGAAUAAACGAUCCUUUUCGAGUUCAUUCAAUGCGACCGAAUCCGAAAUGUUUUCCCUCCAA